GCUUUAUGUUCAUGUGGGGUGCUGAUAUUUUAUUUGGGUGUAUUAAAUGACAUAGACACUGUGUGCUUUGUGUGUGUGGGUUUCCUUUUUACUCAUAUAUAUAAUCACCAGCAGUAAAUAAGAGAGAGAGAGAGAGAGAUCAAUAGAGAGGCUCUGAGAAAGGAAACACCAUUUUUCAUAAGCCAGAGAGAGAAAUAGUUAACAGAGAGAAAGAAAAAAUCAAUUCAAUCAGAUUCUCACAAACAAUUCCUCAGAUUCAAUCGUUUGCCCAAUGGAAUUUUGAUAGAGAGCAAAGGGGAGGUAUGAGAGCGGGCCUGAACUCUAUCCAGCAGACGCUGACUCCGGAGGCGGCCGCCGUGCUCAACCAGUCCAUAGCGGAGGCGAGCCGCCGCAACCACGGCCAAACGACGCCGCUCCACGUGGCGGCGAUGCUGCUGGCGUCUCCGUCGGGGUUCCUGAGGCAAGCGUGCAUCCGGUCCCACCCCAACUCGAGCCACCCGCUCCAGUGCCGCGCGUUGGAGCUGUGCUUCAGCGUGGCCCUCGAACGGCUGCCGACGGCACAGAGCGCGGGGGACGCGGAGCCGCCGAUCUCCAACGCGCUCAUGGCGGCCCUGAAGAGGGCGCAGGCGCACCAGAGGCGGGGGUGCCCGGAGCAGCAGCAGCAGCCGCUCCUCGCCGUGAAGGUCGAGCUUGAGCAGCUGGUAAUUUCGAUACUCGACGAUCCCGGCGUGAGCCGCGUGAUGAGGGAGGCCAGCUUCUCCAGCCCCGCCGUGAAGGCCACAAUCGAGCAAUCCCUAAAUAGCUCCAGCUCUCGCGCAAGUCAACGUCAGCACCACGUCGCCGGCGGGAGCGCGAAUUUCGUGGCGGAUUUCGGUGGAAUUGCUUCUAGAAUGCUUCUAAAUCCUGGUCAAACGCCAACUCCGGUGGCUCGACCGAUGUCUCCUGCGGUCCCGUCGCUGGCCAAUCGGAGCUUGUUCCUGAAUCCGCGUCUGCAGCAGCAACAAACACCCACCGCCCAGAUUGAGAACCCUAGAGGCGAGGAAGUCAAAAAGGUGUUCGAUAUAAUGUCUAGGAGCAAAAUGAGAAACCCAGUUAUUGUGGGGGAUUCAGAGCCUGAGGCCGUGGCCAAGGAAUUGUUCAGAAGAAUAGAAAAUAAUGAACUCGGAAAUGAACUGAACUUACAGAAUCUUCACAUAAUAUCAAUAGAUAUGAGUCUUCUAUUGUCCGACAAGAAUCAAAUAGCCGCCAAGAUGGAUGAAUUUGGAAGGGCGAUUGAGAGUAAGAUUGGGAACGGAGGGGUGAUUCUUGAUCUGGGAGACUUGAGGUGGCUGGUGGAGCAGCCAGCGGCUGCAGGUUUCAGUUGGACCCAGCAGCAGCAAAAGGCACCAGUUGUGUCCGAAUCGGGCCGGGCUCUGGUGGUGGAGAUGUCAAAGCUACUGGCCAGAUUUGGUGGAGCUGAUGGUCUGAAUGAGGGCAAGAACAAGCUCUGGUUGAUUGGGACUGCAACUUGCGAGACAUAUUUGAGAUGCCAGGUUUAUCAUCCCACCAUGGAGAGUGACUGGGAUUUGCAGGCUGUGCCUAUUACAUCGGGAUUUCCUAUUCCGGGAAUGUUUCCGAGGGUUGGACCGGAGAGAACCAUGAGCAACCCCUUGGAAUCCCUGAAUCCGGCGAACCCUAUCCGAAGUCCGUCACCUACUUUAGCAACGCGUUUAACCGGAAAUUCAGAUCCUGCUACUACAAAACAACCUGUUCCAAGUUCCUUGCCUGGUUUGUUGAGGCUUAUACCUGAAAAUUUGGAUCGUGUUCAAGGGCAAACUGUUCCGAGUCCAUUACCUGGUUUAGCAAGGCUUAUUCCUGAAAAGUUAGAUCCUGCUCAAAGGCAACCUGUUCCGAGUUCAUUACCUGGUUUAGCAAGGCUUAUUCCUGAAAAAUUAGAUCCUGCUCAAAGGCAACCUGUUCCGAGUUCAUUACCUGGUUUAGCGAGGCUUAUUCCUGAAAAAUUAGAUCCUGCUCAAAGGCAACCUGCUCCGUGUCCAUUACCUGGUUUAGCGGCGCUUAUUCCUGGAAAUGUUGAUCCUGCUCAAAGGCAAUCUCUUCCGAGUUCGUUACCUGGUUUGGCGACACGUAUAUCUGAAAAUUCAAAUCCUGCUCAAAGACAUCCUACUCCGAGUCCCUUACCUGGUUUGGGGAGGCUUAUACCUGAAAAUUUGGAUCCUGCGCAACAACCCACCUUUUGCCCUCAGUGUUCAGUGAAUUACGAAAAAGAUCUAGCGAAAAUUGCAGCCAUGGAGAAGUCAUUAUCUCAAGCCAAACAGGAUACCCUUCAAUCUACCCUGCCAGCAUGGUUGCAAAAUGCCAAACUCAACAAUCCUGAUGCUAAAACCCCCAAUGAAUCACAAGGAAAGGACCAAAGUCUACUUUCCAAGCAGAAAACUCAAGAGCUGCAGAAAAAAUGGUGGGACACUUGCUUACAUAUCCAUCCCGAUUUCCAUCAAACUACCCAUCCCGAAAACCCUGUCCGGCCAGCCAUGCAGCCAUCUCUGGGAAGCAUCUACAAUCCAAACAUGGUCGCCCGUCCCCCUUUCCAGCCCACGAAGCCCAACCUUGCCAAACCUCUCGGGUCAGCCCUACAGCUGAAAACUAGCCCAGUCAAAAGCCCGGCAACAAGCCCCGUGCAGACGGACCUUGUCCUGGGCACCAAGGGCCCGGAGAAACCCGACGAGGAUCAUCCAGCCAAAGACCUGCUCAGCUGCAUCUCAUCCGAAUCCAUGACAACAAACAAACCGCUCGAGAAAUUCGCCGACGAGCUGGACUCCGGCACCUACAAGAAGCUCCUCAAGGGCCUGAUGGAGAACGCUUGGUGGCAGGCUGAAGCUGCCUCAGCCGUAGCCUCGGCCAUCACUCGCUGCCGCCUGCGCAACGACAAGCAGCGGGCAAACGGCAGAGGCGACACGUGGCUGCUGUUCGCGGGCCCCGAUCGUGUCGCCAAGCGCAAGAUGGCGUCCGUGCUUGCCGAGCAGAUCUGCGGGUCGGGCCCGGUCAUCAUUGGCCUCGGCCCGCAUCGCGAGGACGAGCCCGACACGGGCCUGCGAGGCGGCAAUGCCGUCGACCGCAUCGCCGAGGCCGUUCGCCGGAACCCCUUGUCGGUGAUCGUGCUCCGGGAUAUCGACGAGGCGGACGUGAUCGUGCGUGGGAACAUAAAACGGGCCAUCAAUCGAGGGAGGCUCACCGACUCGUAUGGCCGUGAGGUCGGACUCGGAAACGCUGUUUUCAUCGUCACGGGGGACUGGUCGACGGUUAGCGCCGAGGCCUUACGAGACGGGCAGUUUGUGGACGAGCAGAAGCUGAAUUCAACAGCUGGCGGGAGCUGGCAGCUGGGGCUGAUAGUUCGGGAGAAGACCGCCAAGCGGAGGGCCAACUGGUCCAACGACGGGGGCCCGAGGACUCGGCCGAGGACUGAAAUGGGUGGGCUCUCGGUUGAUUUGAAUCUCUCGGCUGCGGCUUACGAGGAAAAAUCCGUGGAGUUGAGCGAGGUGUCGGCGGUGGACGGAGGGGACGAUGAGGAGCCCACGGACGGGGGUUUCUCGAUUGUGUCGCUGCCGCAUGACCUGGCGAGCUGUGUGGACGACUCGAUCGUGUUCAGGCCGGUCGAGGCGGCGUUCGUGCGGCGUGAGAUCAAGAAAAUGAUAGCGGUGAAGUUCUCGAUGGACGUGGAUGAAAACCUGGCGAUCGAGAUAGGGGAUGAUGUGCUGGACAAAAUACUUGGAGGAUUGUGGCAUGACACGACGAGCCUGGAGAAGUGGGUGCAGGGAGUGGUGGGCCCGAGUUUCGAAGAGCUUAAGCCACGUCUGCCGGCAGGGGAUAGGAGCAACUCAGUGGUUCGGCUGGUGGUCGAGUCGGACUCAUGCGAUCGGGGGAAGAGUAAAGGGGAUGUGGUGGAGUGGCUGCCGAAUAGCAUCUUGGUGUAGGGAUCCGGGAGGGAGUUAUUGAAAUUUCGGAGUUUUGUUGGGGCGAUUUUGUAAAUAGUGGAA